AGGUUAAGAAAAAAAAUUACCUUAUUUGAAUUUGUGUGUAUUUAUCCAUCUGAUUCUAAGAAAAGUCAUAACUUUGGCUCUUGGUUUUUAUUGCAGGAUGAUAACACUUUGUGUCCAAGAUUAAGAAAUGCCAAAGUAGAAGAUUUAAGGAGUUUAACCAACUUUUUUGGAUUUUGCACUGAAACUUUUGUUUUGGCUGUCAAUAUUUUAGAUAGAUUCUUGGCUCUUAUGAAGGUGAAACCUAAGCAUUUGUCUUGCAUUGGAGUCUGUUGUUUUUUGCUGGCUGCUAGAAUAGUUGAAGAAGAAUGCAAUAUUCCAUCCACUCAUGAUGUAAUCCGGAUUAGUCAAUGUAAAUGUACUGCUUCUGACAUAAAACGGAUGGAAAAAAUAAUUUCAGAAAAAUUGCACUAUGAAUUGGAAGCAACUACUGCCUUAAACUUUUUGCACUUAUACCAUACCAUUGUACUUUAUCAUACAUCAGAAAGGAAAGAAAUACUGAGUCUAGAUAAACUAGAAGCUCAGCUGAAAGCUUGCAACUGCCGACUUAUCUUUUCAAAAGCAAAACCAUCUGUGUUAGCUUUGUGCCUUCUCAAUUUGGAAGUAGAAACUUUGAAAUCCAUUGAAUUAUUGGAAAUUCUUCUGCUUGUUAAAAAACAUUCCAAGGUUAAUGACACCGAGUUCAUUUAUUGGAGGGAGUUAGUUUCUAAAUGCCUAGCCGAAUAUUCUUCUCCUGAAUGUUGCAAACCAGAUCUUAAGAAAUUGGUUUGGAUUGUUUCGAGGCGCACAGCCCAGAACCUCCACAACAGCUACUAUAGUGUUCCUGAGCUGCCAACGAUCCCAGAGGGGGGUUGUUUUGAUGAAAGUGAAAGUGAGGACUCUUGUGAAGAUAUGAGUUGUGAAGACAGUCUCAGCAGCUCUCCUUCCAGUGAUCAAGAGUGCACUUUCUUUUUCAACUUCAAAGUGGCACAGACACUGUGCUUUCCAUCUUAGAAAUCUGAUUGUUCUGUGUCAGAAUUUAAAGUGUGUAUACAGGUUUCAAAGCAAUAAAUGGGGGAGUAGGUAGUUUUCUGGUCCAUCCCCCAUCUAGGCAGAAAUUGCAUAGACUGGAAUACCUACCUUCUAUUUAUUAUUCAGAUCAGAUCUGGCCUAUUUUCAUAUUUAAUCCUAAGCCAUCAAAUGGGUUAGUGCCUCUUAAACGAUUAACAAUGUUUUACACAUUGGCACUUUAUUUUUCUCAUUGAUCUUUAGCUACUUGGGGGAGGAGGGAAGGUGCUGAUACCUUCAAUUUGUUACUUUUCAAGAAGAUUUUUAAAGAUGAAUAGUGUAGCCACCUUAAAAACUUUUUAUAAAGCCUUCACCUGUCUUUAUUUAAACAGAUUGGGAGUGUAGAAGCGCUUCCUUAGCAGGGACCGUGGGUAAUCCUUUAAUGGUUUAUCAUAGAUCUCCCCCACCCUCCAGUCUCAGAACAGAGAAUAUACUCUCCAAUGUCAUACACCUUUUUGUUGUUUUGUUUUUUAAAUGAUCACUUACUCUCUGAUGCAGACUUUAUAAACUUAGGAAUUAUAAUACUGACAUUUCUGUGAAUUUUAGUAUGUAAUGUGUUAAUUGAAGUUUCUGCUAAAGCAGAACUACUCGACAGGCUAUGGUUGUUAAAUAGUUGCAUUUUUAAUGCCUAAGUAUUGUCAGACAAUAGUAUUAUUUUAAUGUUACUAAAACAAUCCAUAAUUUGUUAGUUAUGCAUGCACCUGUUUGAAAGCAGUGCAGGAAGUUGAAGAGAACUAGGUAACUGUGGAAUUGAUAAAUGUUGAUCUAGUAGCAUAUUUUAUUUUAUUUUCUUAUAUUCAAAAAGUCUGCAUGAUUAUGUUUAUUUCCUUUGUAAUUCACAUUUCAAAAAUAAUGGUAUUAGUAUAUGGGUGCCAAGACUGAACAUGAAGUUAAAAAAAAAAAAGUGUUUGUAGUUUUCUAGUUUUAAGUGUAUCUGUGUGGUGGUAUAGCCAUAAGAAUAGGGAUUUACAAACUCUGUACACAUGAGAUUUUGUACAGAGAAUUUUUUUUAACUUUAUAAAUUGUAUAUGAAAAUGUAAAUCUUAAAAAAUGUACAUAAAAAUACUGUAUUUUUUUACCCUGUGUGUGUGGUAGUCUAGGCAUUGCAUGUAAAUAUAAUUUAUUGUGUAUUCUGUAUUAUAAAUCAUACAUUGAUGAUUUACUUUUUAAAUGUAAGUCAACAUCCGUUAGAUGAUUUCUGAAGUGGACCUUUUUGAAGUAGUAAUAGAUUACAACUCAAAAUAAAAUAUUAAUGAAUUAUA